UAAUGCAACAGACUUAUUGUAUCCUCUUGUAUAGCAUUUCCUGAUACAGCUAGGUGGAUGUGAGAUCUGUAAAAAAGGAGUUGAUUUAAAUCAUGCUGUAGAGAUUUGCAUUGUGUGUCUUUUGUAAUUACUGUGAUCAUGAUGUAAACAGAGGAUCAUUAAGGCAAUAAAAUGUCUACCAUUCCAGUUAAUAAUGGGACAGCACUUUGCUAGUCUCAAAGAAUUCUUUAGAAUGGAUGGUGAAAGACAGCCUACAGAGAUAUGUGCCAGUGCAUUUAGCCAGCCAUUGCCAUUGGAGAUGGUGAAUCAGGAUGGCAUUGACAGUUUGCCUGAGAAUGAGACCAAUGGCAAUGUACCUGUUAUGAACUCUAAUUUACUGCCAAACAGAGAAUGCAAGCUGGAAGGGAAUUUGGACAACGACCAUUUGAACUUAGAUUUAGACAACCAUAAUUCUAGAUUUGAAUCUUUAUAUAGUCAACCUGUCGAAGCGCAGGAUACCAAGCAAGUUUGUAAUAAUGGCAAUGUGACCAAUGAGACACCAUAUAGACAGCAAGAGGCUUGCUGCAGUAGUUCAGGUGGUAGUAACAGUAGUAGCAGCUCUGAAGAUAGUCCUGUGAAUCCACCUUUAAGAAGAUCUUCUAAAACUUUAUCGUUCGGAAGGAGAAAAAACAAACCACGCAACAAGGAUCAAAGUCCGGUCUGCAAUCAUGUUUUAACGUCGAAGAAGAAGCGCAGCAAUUGGGUGCUGAAAUUCAACUGCGCCAAGAGCAAAAACUCCAAAAACACAGACAUCAUUCCCGGCCAAGGGAAUAGUAAUUCGGACUGUGUAUGCACUGGUUACAGAAGAACCGAGGAACACCCCAUGGGUGCGGGCAUUGUAUUUAAUAGUCGUUCUGCACCGCAAAGUCCUGUUCUUGGGCCUCUGCCACCUAGCCCCGUGAUUGACUUGUCGCGAUUCAACCCUGAGGAGUUCCCUAUGGAAUUCCCUUCGUUUUUCUUGAAGGAUUGCGAUGAACGAGCACGAAUGCAACGCGCUCGGGAAAUGGAGGAAGGUGUUGAGCCGCCUCCUGGUUAUAGGCCUAAUUAUCCUUCGGGAAUCCAAGUUCAUCCUAAUGGGAUAACGGUGGACAGUUUGGCGGCAUUGUUCCAAGCACAUGCCGGCAUUCAAGCUGCUGCCCUCACAGCCUUGUCACAAAUCGAUUUUACAUUAAUUCCGAAUAUUGAGAGACCCGCGCACACGCAGGUCGAUUACGUGCAUUGUCUCGUACCAGACCUGAGAUCAAUCACGGCCUGCUCCUUUUAUUGGGGUAAGAUGGAUCGUUACGAAGCGGAGCGUCUGUUGGAGGGCAAGCAGGAGGGUACUUUCUUGUUACGGGAUUCUGCCCAGGAGGAGUUCUUGUUUUCCGUGAGUUUCCGCAAGUAUGGGCGCUCGUUGCACGCACGGAUCGAGCAGUGGAAUCACAAAUUCAGUUUCGACUCUCACGACCCAGGAGUUUACGCUUCCGAAACAGUGUGCGGUUUAAUCGAACAUUACAAGGAUCCGUCGUGCUGUAUGUUUUUCGAACCUAUGCUCACCAUCCCGUUGCAUCGGAAUUUUGCAUUUCCGCUACAGCACUUAUGUCGAGCGGUGAUAACCACGCGGACAACGUACGAUGGCAUCAACAAACUGCAAUUGCCAAAAACGCUUAAGAGCUAUCUCAAGGAAUACCAUUAUAAGCAGCGAGUGCGUGUCAGGCGGUUAGACACGGAGACCGAUCUACAAACAGACGGCAGAUCCAUAUCAUACUUACCCCUAAUAUGAAUCUUCAUAUUCGGUAGAAUUUAUUGUACGUUGCGUAAUUGUUUUCCUUAAUCUCCACAUCUCAUACUGUCACGUACCACAUACGCGGCGGGUACCGUGCAUAGCAUACCGUAAUUAAUACCGAAAACCAUGACUUCGAUACAGUUACACAGACCACGUCAUCGCAAUAUUAGCAAUAAAAACUAAAAAAAGUAAAGCAUUGUACUCGUCUUAUGCGAUAAUAGAGAGAGGGAGGAGAAGAGAGGAAAAGAGAAGAGAGGGAGGGAGGGGGAGGGAGAGAGAGAGAGA